GAGGGACUAUUUCCCAAGAGGGGCUGGUAAGAUAAAUAACAUAGGCUAAGGAAGUUUCCCUGUCACACGAUACAACAGUGGCCGAUCUUAUCAAUAUUGGAAACAUUUGGCAAGCAAAUGAAUGACCUUCUCAUGAGUGAUAUGCUAUGUGGAAUACUUCACGUCAUACAGCGUACCUAAACAUUAUUUAUUUCAUUGGUGUUUUACGCCGUACUCAAGAAUAUUUCACUCAUAGGCGGCCGCCAGCAUCAUGGUGGAAGGAAAUCGGGCAGAACCCGAGGGAAACCCACGACCAUCCGCAGAUUGCUGACCGACCUGAAUGUGUUCACUCCUUACCUCUAUAUUAAGACUCUUGCGGGAUCACCGUCAGAAAAUUACACUCGUAAAUACAGAUUUCCCGUCAACUUUGGCAGACGUGUAAAGCUGCUUGUCGCCGAUUAGAAUUGAUUUCCAGUGUCCUCGGAAAUAUUUGAGCUUGUGAUGUCUGUUGUGAGACAUCAACAACUCAAGUAUAUAAAGCAGGAUCUGUUGGUGGAUAUCUGAACAAACGGCCAGGCAACAUUCCAUGUAGACUACGUCCUGAAUGUGGAGUCAUGCACUUUUCAUAUAAGUGAAAUGUUUUUAUGGAGAUGCAUUAUCACUUUAAUAUUCACUUCAAACAUUUUCAUGUUUUUUUCAUGAAAAGAAAAAAUGUCUAUUAAUUUUUUACUUCUACGUGUACAUGUACGAUGGCGGUGAGUUUUACGGGCAGAGAUGAACUACGGACAUUUUGCACGCCAUAUUGGUGGAAAACUAGUGGUCUCCAACAAACGCGUAACUGCCACAACGGCCACGUGAGCAUCGUCUGCCUUUUAUUGUCACCAUUCUCACAAGCGGCGAGGGCGGGAGAGUUGACCUAUUUCCCAGAACAAGAGAAGAAAGCUGUGGGUUUGCAGAAAGCAUCGGAUGUUUAUGCAGCUAUCACCUGAGUCAGUCAGCGGUCUCUGACGGUCAGUGGUCAUUAUACAAAAUAUACCUGUCUUACUUGACCAGAGUGAUACUAUGUGUUCGUGUGGGACUGCAUCGAUAUUUUUGAAACUUGCGUUUUUAGUUUCGGGACUAGCUCUCUUGUUUCACGGUAUUGGAUAUACGACAAAUUCCUGGAGGGCGUCAAAAGUCAAUGGUGCUGUCGUUGGGGAGGAGGGGUUAUGGAAGAGGUGCGAGUAUUUGAUAUCGCACGCAUGUUUGAGUAACGAGUACACCGGAUCACAUCGCAAUGCAGAUGAAAUCAGGUCUGUGCGCGCUUUUGCCACAAUCUCCUUCAUCAUGCUGAUCGCUGUGACGGUGGCUAUUUUCGUGUCGCUAUGCAUCGAGUUCUUCAGGAAAAAACUGUUCAUCUUUCUGGAGAUGGGCACAGCCAUUGCUGCCGGUGUAUUGAUCAUACUGGCAGUGAUAAUCUACGGUUCCACGAUAAUCCCCGCUAAUCCGCCGUCAGCAGCCUCCUGGUCUCUCGCGCUCUCCAUUGUUGGUGCCGCCUUAGCCUUUGCCACGGCUGUUCUGGUGGCUGUUGGAGGAUGUGGGAAAGCCCCCACGGAAGCUAAAUAAACUGCAUGCAUGAUACAUUUGUAUUUCCUUAGAGUAGUAAAUAUUUAUUACCAGAAGCAAUAGUUUUCCUCAUAGUACUCUGUUGAUUCCUUUUGUUUGACCAAAAU